AUGUCGCGAAAGCAGAGGAAAAGCAAAGGCAAAGGCAAACAGGGUGCAACGACGUCGGAAGCGUCUCAAAGACAGCCUGCAAGCGACGAGUGUGUCCCGGGCGCCUCGAAUUUAUCAGCACCACUUUCGUUGCCGAACAAGUCUCCAACAGUUUCUGGCCCCGAAGCCGCCCAAGCCGAAGUAGAUUUCGCUGAAGGAUUCGCGAUUCUUCCUUCGAAAAGUAACAUGCACGACGGUCAAGAUGAUCAGGUACGGGAAGCAGAACCAUCACACUCAUUUGAAAGCCCAUCGCAAGUCUUUGGAGACAAUGACCACAUCGAAGACGCCGGGGACGCGGCGCGGAUUCAAGGCGAUGAAGGCGAUGAAGGCGAUGAAGGCGAUGAAGGCGAUGAAGGCGAUGAGGGCGAGGAUACAUGUCGCGAGUCGGCCACCUCCACCACCUCAGUUGCCGAAAGAGCAGCACCGGCACCCAAGUUGUCCGAGGAUCGUGGAUGGGGCCGGUGUCUACCACCAGUCGAAGGAAGUACAAUCGGAAAAUCUGCAAAAUUGUCCACAACCGAACGAUCGGUCGACCACAUUAUUGAGAGGCCCUACGAUGUGGAGAGGCCUUACGAGGUGCCGUCUGGCAGUGCGAAGCCAACCAAGGCCAGCGCGAGUACCGCGAAUCUUGAUACGGCGGGGUUAAACUACCCGCAGAGCAUCCCAUCGCGACCGGACUCCGCCAUCAACAGGGUCCAUGGCUCCGAGAGAAAGCCAUCCGUGAUCGUACCCCCACGGCCUAUCCCCAAGGGUACAAACACCAUCACUGUGCGGCGCUGGAAGAAUGUAAACCCUCCCUCACUAAAGUUUGACCGUGGUCCUCUGCCACGUCCCGGGGCGAGCCAAAGUUCAAUCGUUGACAAAGAUGCCCGAUGGCGGGCGUUGCGCACAUCUUCAUUGAGCGCACUCAGGACCGUGAUCCACCAUGACACCAUCCUCGACUCGACUGUCUUUGGCCCAGUGCACGAUKGGAAAAUCACGCCAUGUCCCAUCAAUCACUCGGCUACCAUAACUGAUGUCACACCGUGGUGGUGCACAAUCAGACUCGAUAGCUACCAACACCGUCCUUGGGUAGCGGCCUACUCGGCAAUGAAGGACCAUGAAUGGCGUGCGCUUAGACGACCUCCUGCUGUAGGCACCAUACUGGGRAACUCUUAUCGGUAUCGAAAAGCAGACGUGCCAGCUGAACAGUCCAACCAACAGACAAUAAUAGAUGUGGAGCAACACCUCAACCGUGCGAAGGCAUGUAUUGACCAUUUGGCCAGUACCCCAUACUCUCAUCAAAAAUUGGAACAGAUUGGUGAUACCCUGAAAGUGCUAUCCAAGGAUGCAUACUUAUUAGCCCAUGCAAAUCUUGAAGAGCACGGCGUCUCGGGGGGAAGUCCGCAGGGUAGCGAGCAAGGCCAGCACUCUGAUGAAGAGGUUGCACCACCUAGCAAAUCGUAUGGCCACGAAGACGAAUUGGAGGUUCAGGAUUUGACCGGGGAGCCAAGCUCUGAUGCUGAAGAUGGCGUUGAUGGCGUUUGCCGCCAACGUGACGUCUCGAGCCUAGGCCCAAUCCCGAAUCGCGAGACCCAGGCUUCUUCUAGCGAUCCGACAAAGUCCAGCUCGAAAGCGAUGGGCGCGCCGAAGUCGACGACUUGA